UUCUCUGUUCUCUGCAAGAGAGAGAAAGAAGAAGAAGAAGAAGAAAUAGUGCAAAUAUUAAAUAAAAUAAAUGCUUUCUGAUUGGGCAAUACGUAUUCGUACACUUCACCCAGAUAUCAGAAAGGUCUAAGUGGGCCAUUCUUGCUUCACUUUUUAGCUAAACUUGAAUUUUUCCUUAAUCUAAUUGCCUCUUUUGUUCAAUAACAAGAGUAUUAAUAACCUUAAUUACAAUAACCUAAUUCUCUAUAAAUCAAACUCAUCUUCACCAUCUUCUUCUCAUUCUCUUUUCACUCCCUACUUCUCACAUAUGCUAGAAACCAUGCAAUAUCAGUUUAACUACCAUGAACCAAACCCACCAUCUCUCUCUUCCUUGCCAAGCCUCCAAUCAGUUUCUUCCCUAACUUCACGUCAACACCACUACUUCCUCUCAACCACCAACUACCACUGCGUCACCACUCUUAAAGGUCACACGGCCUACAUAUCCUCUCUAACCCUAGCUGGAAAGUUUCUUUUCAGUGGCUCCUCAGACAAAGAAAUCAGAUCUUGGAAGAGAAACCCUCAAGACUCAGAAUUUCAAGAUCAUGACCAAAACCUAUGCAUAACUGUAGGAAAAGGAGCAGUGAAGUCUUUAGUAGUUUUAUCUGAUAAGCUCUUUAGUGCACAUCAAGAUCACAAAAUUAGAGUAUGGAAAAUCAGUAAUCAAGAACCUGAUCAACAAAAGUAUACCCAUGUAGCUACACUACCUACACUUGGUGACAGAGCAUCAAAGAUUCUGUUACCAAAGAAUCACGUUCAAAUUAGAAGGCAUAAAACAUGCACGUGGGUUCAUCAUGUAGACACAGUAUCUGCCCUUGCUUUAUCAAAAGAUGAAUCUCUUCUUUAUUCAGUUUCUUGGGAUAGAACACUCAAGAUAUGGAGAACAAGUGACUUCAAAUGUUUAGAGUCAAUAACGAAUGCACAUGAUGAUGCUAUAAACGCAGUAGCAAUUUCGAACGAUGGGGAUGUUUAUACUGGUUCAGCUGACCGGAAAAUCAAGAUUUGGAGGAAAAAUUCCAGUGAGAAGAAACAUUAUUUAGUGACAACGUUAGAAAGACACAAUUCAGGAGUUAAUGCACUAGCACUGAGCACUGAUGGUUCUAUUUUGUACUCUGGUGCUUGUGACAGAUCAAUAGUGGUAUGGGAAAAGGUUGAUUAUGAUGGCGGUGGCGAUGGCGGUGGCCGUGGCGAUGGCGAUGGCGAUGGCGAUGGCCGUGGUGAUGGCGAUGGAAUGGUGGUUUUGGGUGCUCUUAGAGGGCAUACACAAUCUAUAUUGUGUUUAAUAGUUGUGUCUGAUUUGGUGUGCAGUGGUUCUGCAGAUAAAACUAUAAGAGUUUGGAGAGGUGAUUAUAAUAAAAACUACUAUUGUUUAGCAGUCCUGGAAGGGCAUAAAGGUCCUGUAAAGUGCUUGACUGCAACAAUUGACCAUCAAGACCUGUCUGACUCAUCAUAUCUUAUUUACAGUGGGAGUUUGGACUGUGAUAUUAAGGUGUGGCAGCUUAAUGUCCCUAUACUUCUGUAGGAGAAACUUCUCCAAUGAGGCCAUCUUCGUACAUAAAACUAUGUUUUGAGAAGAUUCUGCAUUGUUUUACUUUUCAUCUUUGCUUUAUUUUUCUGUCCUUCCUUUUUAAGGUUGUUUUUGAUUAAUCACUGCUGCUCGAGUAUAAUAUUGAGCUCAAUGAUCCAUAAGGAGAUUUCACUCUCAAGAGGUUUUUGUUUAA